GAAGCUGAAUUCCUCUUCCUACAGAAAGGAUUUCAACAAAUCCCAAACUGACCCCACAUUUUUUUCCCUUAUUAGUUUGUAAAAUCAUUUUAUGGGAAAUCACUUAUUUCUUGCUAACUGAUAAACCAUUUUCUAGAUAUAGAAACGGCGCAAAUUGAAGGCAAGGCGGGAUCAAGAUUUUCUUUUGAAGAAAGACUCUUCCUUUUUUCAUUGUCAUUUACAAACUAAUCGAAAAGGUUUUCCCAUUGCUUGCUACUCCUCAAUCUUUUAACUCAUUUGAUUUGGCUUGAUAACAUUAGGCUCUUAGAUCUCAUGAGUGAGUUUGACGACCAUGUUGCCAUUAUGGGAGAUUGGAUGUCUCUAAACCCAAAUGCAAGAGCCCUCUUCUCGUCUAUGAUUGGAGAUGGUGUCAUAGGAAGGUCAGUUGCUGAGUCCAGUACUGAAAACCGAGAUGGGUCUCUUCGCCUGGAACCUGACAUACAGGUUCCAUCCAGAAGUACUGAUCAAAAGAACGAGAUACAAAAUAGUUUAGUUAGUAACAUAAGAAGCCAGUUGAAUCCACUGUCUGAGCAGAAACUGAGCUCUCAUGGGAGUCUCGUGGAGAGAAUGGCGGCUAGAGCUGGUUUCAAUGCCCCAAGGUUGAAUACAGAAAGCAUCGGACCUAAUGAUCUUUCUCAGAAACAAGAAAUUCAGACUCCUUGUUUGACAGUUCCUCCUGAUCUCAGCCCAGCAACUCUGCUUGAUUCGCCUGUUUUUCUAUCUAAUACACUGGUAAUGCCAUCUCCUACUACUGGAAAGUUUUCAUUUGCCCCAAAUGGCACCAGUCGAAACUCAACAUUGAUGACAGACAAUCCCGAUAAGGGAAAAGAUAAUCUUUUUGAAGAAAUUGAUGCAUUGUCCUUUACAUUCAAGCCUGUCACGGAAUCUGGUUCUUCUCCUUACACUGGCGCAGCAUGCAAAGUAAAUCCAUCCAGUCUUCCACAACAGUCCAUUCUUGACGUCGAUAAAUUUUUCCAGCAGACUGAUUUUUCUAGAUCAUCCAUUCAAAGGAAAAAGAGUAGCGAUAAUAUCUCUUCAGAGCCAAGGAACUUUGAUGCUGUGGGUAGCAUUGCAGGUCGCUCUUCUCCUCUCGAUGGACCGGAAAAUGAGGAUGCAGAUCAAAGAGUCAACGCUGAUCCCAAUGUUGGGGGCGGUCCAGCUGAAGAUGGUUAUAAUUGGAGAAAAUAUGGGCAGAAACAAGUUAAAGGAAGUGAGUAUCCUUGGAGUUAUUAUAAGUGCACGCAUGAAAAUUGUCCAGUCAAGAAGAAAGUCGAAUGUUCUUGUGAGGGUUACAUCACAGAGAUAACCUACAAGGGGGCACACAAUCACUCUAAACCUCUAGUCAAUGGCAGAUCAGCCCUUGGAACCUCGAAUGCACUUGGUGACAUGCAGCUUGACACUACUGAACAACCUGACACAGGUUUUAGUGAUCAUCCUGUUUGGCCUAGUGUGCCACAAGCCGACUGGGGGCAGGACAGUGUCGAGCUGACACCAUUAGGACAAGAAUAUUGCAAUGGAGCUACCUCUUUGCCGGCUCAAACUCACUUCCAGUUUGAGUUGGGUGAUGACGUUGAUGGAUCUUCUACUUUCUCAGAUGACGAAGAUGACCGUGGAGCACAUGGCAGCAUAUCAUUAGCUUACGAUGGUGAAGGAGAUGAAUCGGAGUCAAAAAGAAGGAGAAUUGAAACUCAUGCUUCGGAAAUGAGUGGGGCUACCAGAGCCAUCAGUGAGCCAAGAGUAGUGGUUCAGACAACCAGUGAGGUGGGCAUCCUUGAGGAUGGGUAUCAUUGGCGCAAGUACGGGCAGAAAGUUGUAAAAGGAAAUCCAAAUCCAAGGAGUUACUACAAAUGCACGAGCGCAGGAUGCAACGUGAGAAAGCACGUGGAAAGGGCUUCACACGACCUGAAGUCGGUGAUAACCACGUACGAAGGGAAGCACAAACAUGAUGUUCCCGCUGCUCGUAACAGAAGUAAUAUCAACACACUUCCUACCCAACCUCAUGCUGCUUUCACUCGUACACGCGGAUCCGAGCCUUCUCAAAACAUGGAACAGUUCGAAAGGACAUCACUUGACUCUUUCGGACUUCCCAGGAGACCACAGUUUGGACCUACUUAUGCCUUUGGUUUUGGAAUGAAUCAAUCGGGUCAAGCCAAUUUGGCAAUGGCUGGAUUGGGGCCUAAUCCAUAUUUAGGACAGCAGUCACCAAUACAGGAUAUGCCUGUGGGUUUUAUGCUGCCCAAAGGCAAACUUAAAUCAGAACCCAAAUAUUGACUACGAAAGGAAGUUGAUCAUGGAUUACCAAUAAGCCUAAAGUGGAUUCUUCCUGCAACACGAUAUAAUGGGUGUUUCUAGUCUUUAGUGUUUACUAAUAUUUCAUGCUUUAUAAUAUUUCAUCUUUUAUUUAGAGUACCGGUGUAUUCAAUUUUCCCUACUCGAAUUAUUUCGUUGUUCUCCACUUCAAAGGAGAGGGUGAUCUUCGUAAAAUAAAACAAAAGAAGCAUGGUUAGAUCAAUAUUAACACGACUCAUA